AUGUUCAACCCUGCUGACCGCAUCUCAUACCUGUGCGCAUGGCUUGCCUUGGUUCCACAGGGUCUAUGCGUGGUGUACGCGACACUGAUAUGGUCUAAUCGCGAAAUCGAGAUCUUUCUUAUGUUCGCCGGCCAGAUGGCCUGUGAAGCGCUCAACUGGGUGUUGAAGCGGUACAUCAAGGAGGAACGACCACGAGAAAUGCAUGGAAAAGGCUAUGGGAUGCCCUCGUCACACGCACAGUUUGUGUCUUUCUUUUCCGUCACGCUUACGUUGUUCCUCCUCUUCCGACAUGUACCGCAUCCGACCGAAACCCAUACGCCCUUCACCUUUGGAGGCCGCGUCCUCCUUUCACUUGCUGCUCUAGCCUCUGCAGGAGCUGUUGCCACGAGUCGUAUAUAUUUGAGCUAUCACACGCCAAAGCAAGUGAUUGUGGGUUGUAUUGCUGGAGCUAGUUUUGCAUUGAUCUGGUUCGGCUUCACCACUGUCUUGAGAAAAACUGGAUGGAUUGAAUGGGCGUUGGAGACGUGGGUCUGUAGGGCUCUUCGUGUUCGCGACCUCGUGGUACAAGAGGACCUCGUCGAUUCCGGUUGGGCGCGUUGGGAAGACAGGAGAAGGCGCCAAAACUUCCGCGUCCAGGGCAACAAAAGCAAGUAA